UACCGAUCCGAACUCUUUUCAUCCCCUCGUGGCCACGGCGCGUUUGGAGCUGCGGUGCGGGAAUCGAAGGGCCGGCCAUUGACGCGGGAGGAGUGGGCCUGGCCGCCUGGUUGACGUCCCAUACGCGUCUGAUUUCUCGAUCGGAUACGCCUGCAUGCUGGGAUACGAAUCCAGGACGACGUUUGCUUCCCUGCUGGGCCUACAUAGGUUAGAUCCACCACCCCUCCCGUUCACCUCUCGCCUCCCGUUUACCUCUCUCUCUCCCUCUCUCGUCGCUUCGUAAUUUCCCGGUGGCGGUGGCGGCGGCGGCGGCUGGGCGAGCGGUGCCGCCCUCUUCUCUUUGCCGGGCCCUUCGCCAGCGACGAUCACCCACCUGGAAAAAUGAUAAACCUUUUUAAGAUAAAGGGCCAGAAGAAGGAUGAUUCUGCCAGUACAAAUGGAAAGCAUGCCGCUAAGAAGCAAAGUCCAGGGGAGUUGCGUCUCCACAAAGAUAUUGCUGAACUUAACCUUCCCAAGACAACCAAGAUUACCUUUCCAAAUGGCAAGGAUGAUCUGAUGAACUUUGAGGCCACUAUUAAGCCUGACGAAGGAUACUACAUGGGUGGUAAAUUUGCUUUUACCUUCCAAGUUCCUCCAGCUUACCCCCAUGAACCUCCCAAAGUCAAGUGCAAGACUAAGGUUUACCAUCCCAAUAUUGACUUGGAGGGAAAUGUCUGCCUGAACAUUCUGCGUGAAGAUUGGAAGCCUGUCCUGAACAUCAACACCAUUGUGUAUGGCUUAAAUCUUCUUUUCACGCAACCUAAUGACGAGGACCCCCUGAACCAUGAUGCAGCAGCUGUUCUCCGCGACGACCCGAAAAAGUUUGAGAAAAAUGUUCGAAUGGCGAUAGCUGGAGGCUACGUUGAUGAAACCCACUUUCCUCGUUGUAUGUAAGGCCUGAUGAAGAUGGUGACCGGUAUCUGACCAUGGCUGUUUCUGAUCAUAGCAGACUAGCUGUGUGUGUUAUAUGAAACAUAAGAUGCCCAGAGAAAAAACGCUAUUGAAGUACCCCUGUAAUGUGAGAUAAGUUGAUGUGACAGUCACUGAACUCAUGCUACCUUCUAGCCGUUAGCAGGGUUCAUUAGGGAUGGUAAUGAUGCAUGUGAUUCUUUUCUCUGCUUUGGAGAAAACACUCAACACGUUGCAUGUUAAGUAACAGAAAGCUUUGGCAGGAUUACGUGCAUUAUAUGUUAGCUAGAUCUGUUCUUUCUUAUUUCCAAACGAUGAGGCUUUCUUGAAAGCCCUUCAUCCCCUUUUAAGUGCAAUCACCAAGGACGAUGUGCCGCACUCUUCAUGUCUCGAGUCAGUUCAUAAUCUAUAUGUUGGGGGAAAAUGGUUAAAGGA